AUGAGGUUUGGGUCGAGGCGACAUAGUGCGAAGGCUAAUAUUAUUCCAUCGUAUGCGGAACGGAAUGGGGCUAAUCAGGUUGUGGAGGAUGCUUCUUUGAAGGCAGCUCAAGCGAUGUUCAAGAAGCAUUCUGUGGGUCAGGUGCCGGCGAUCCAGGCUCCCAGACCGGUUCCAAUACGGGUGAGUUCGAGUUCGAGCAGGCAUGUGUCUGCUAACAUGGGGAGAAGGAGUCCACGGAUGACUGUUCCGCGAUCUGGAGCUAGUUCUGAGAGUGUGGCUCGGUCGGUUUCCCCUCUCGAUGGGACAACGAUGGAUCGAGGCGAGUCUGGGGUGAGUGAUGCGGCCCAGCAGGCAGCGUCAGUGGCAUUGGAUAGCGAGAUUAACAUGAGUGGAGAUGGGUCGUACUCGCUGGCGAUUCCUGCGCAUGUGACUUCAAGCGAUGGGUACCUUUCGUCUAGAAAUUCGUCCAAGCUUUCGUUGCCAAGACAGCAUUCUCCGUCGCAGUCCGUGGGUCUCGCGAACAAGCUACACUCGAUGAGCUUAGAGAGUGUGAGCACUGUGGGGAACUCACCGGGGACAGCUCAUUCGGGCAACAAGACGCUUAUUGCGCGCAAGGAUGGCACCGUUGGUGGUGUACCAUCAGUUUUGGUGGAGUCCGAUGGCACGCCGAUGGUGUUCCGCGAUGACAUGAGCGAACAAGACGACCGGUCUCUAAGAAAUAUUACCUACGAUACAACAACAAAGAUGAACGUCCCAGUCACGUAUAAAGGGACGUUGCCUGAUCUGAUACCGGUACACCAGAGGCAUCGGAAGAAAAGAUGGCAUAGCAUAUUUGGGGGCAUACAGUCCUCGGGAAUCUCAGGCUUAGCUUCUGGCGGGUCCAGCAGCUGGGACCAUGAACAGAAUGGGGUGGCCGGAGGCACCGUUUCAGAGGUGCAAUUCAACCAGGCCGAUGACAACCUUGUGGUGAAGAGUGAAAACCCUAUGCAAAAGACAAGACUUCGAACUACAAUGAGACCCAAUAACAACAACUAUACCGCAGAACAAGAGAAUGAUAUGGACUCCAGCGGAGACUCCUCUAACGAGUCCACAUAUUCUGCAAACUCUGAAUUCGACAAAAGGCAUAGCAUGGAUGUCACAGGCAGCCAUACGGAUAUCCAUCUGUUCAGUAACACCGGUACGAGUACCAAGAAGAAACGCAGAUCGAUUAUGCGUUCGCACAAACGCCAUUCCUUCAACGAGGAUAAACCAUGGAAAUCUCAUGUCGAUAUUGGUUAUGUCAGCGAAAAGGAACGCAAACGGUACGAAGGAAUAUGGGUUACAAACAGAAAUAGCUACUUAGAACUUCUGCCCUGGUGGGAUGAAAAUGACUUAUUGGAUGACGAAGACCAUACCAUCUUCCCCCAGGACGGUCUCAUACUAAAUCAGGUAGUGCUUGAUUUAUGGUCGCGUAGUAACUUGCCGCCUCAACUAUUAGCACAGAUCUACGAUAAGGUUGAUACAAGACGCGAUUGCACGUUGAACAGACAAUCAUUUCUAAUUGGAAUGUGGCUAGUCGACCAAUGUCUCUACGGCCGGAAACUUCCGAAGGAAAUCGACCAGAGGGUCUGGGAUAGCGUCGAAAAGUUCUCUAUCAACAUCCCAAACAACAACCCUCACCAUCACCAUAGAAGAAGAAAGAAGAUGCUCAAGAAGGAGUUGAAGACCAUCAAGAAGGAACUCAAUAUUUGA